AAUGUCGGAAAACCCUACGACCAACGGGCACGACGCCCUAGAAGAGAAGCUUGGUCGCCUUGCCAGGAAACCCGGCGUCAAGGCCAGCAUUGUCCUGGACAGAGCGACGGGAGCGAUUCUCAAAACGAGCGGCCAGAUCGACGCGCUCCAGACGGCGAAAUCGCGAAACGCGUCAACGGCGGCCUCAUUUUCCAACGACGCUCCCGCAGCGGAGGAAGGCGAGGCGCAAGGCGUCGAGGAGUUUGCGGAAAUGAUAUGGAACUUCGUCAACAGCUCUGGGCAGCUGGUACAGGACGUGGACACAGAGGACGAGCUGAAACUACUGCGACUGCGAACAAAGAAGCAAGAGAUUGUCAUAGUGCCCGACCAGAAGUACCUACUGACGGUCAUCCACGAUACUCAGCCGGCCUGAUUACACACUUGGAGCGGACUUUCCGAUACGCAGCAGCGGGUUAUUAAGGGGCUAUAUGAUGAAAUCUAAUACUUGGAACGGUGAUAUUCUAGAAGGGAAGCGGUAAUGGGUCAACAGCGUACGAAAGCAAAGCACGGGGGUAGUGGAAGCGGCGCCAACUCCGCCACUGGGAGAGCGGGAAUUUGUCAUGGUCCAUUUUCGUUUUAUGAAGCAUAGCUACACGGCGCACAGGAUGACGAAAUGAUACCCCAGGACGUUAAUGCCAACGGCG